GACUCCGCCCCGCGUGGUUGACAGCAGGAAGCCAGGUUGUGAUUUGUCACAUACAACACUUUCAUUUUGAGCCAUAACGCCUCAGUGUGUGGAUAUUUUGUCGCAUGAGCCGCAGCUAGAUAGUGUCGGGACUCUGGAAAAGGGAGAAACAUGGAGAAUGACCUUCCUACAACCGGCGACAGCGAGUUGGACCGAGCUAUCCGACAGUGGCUGGACUACGACAAGAAUCCCAAGACAGUGUCUCUGGUGCAGCGUAUGGUGAAAGAAGGAGCAGUGGAGGAGCUGCAGAAAUGUUUCUCCUCCAGGAUGGAGUUUGGCACAGCAGGCCUGAGGGCCGCCAUGGGCCCUGGGAUAUCCUGUAUGAACGACCUCACGAUCAUCCAGACCACACAGGGGUUCUGCCGUUACCUGGAAGAGUGUUUCGGAAACCUGAAGGAACGAGGGGUGGUGAUUGGGUACGAUGCCCGGGCCCAUCCUGACAGUGGGGGCAGCAGCAAGCACUUUGCCAGCCUGGCUGCAGCUGUCUUCAUCAGCCACGGCAUACCUGUCCACCUUUUCUCUGACAUUACCCCUACACCUUUUGUGCCUUUCACAGUGUCUCAUCUGGGUCUGUGUGCUGGAGUCAUGGUCACUGCCUCUCACAACCCCAAACAGGACAAUGGAUACAAGGUGUACUGGGACAAUGGAGCGCAGAUUGUGUCCCCUCAUGACAAAGGCAUCUCCAAGGCCAUAGAGAAGAAUCUGGAGCCUUGGCCUGAGUCCUGGAACACAGAGGAGGCUCUGAAAAGCCCCCUGCUCAAAGACCCAUACCAGGACAUCCACACGCAAUACUUCACGGCCAUUCAGAAACACUGUCACCACAGGGAGAUAAACAAGAGCUCAGAGGUGAAAAUUGUGCACACAUCUGUGCACGGCGUCGGCCACACAUUUGUCCAGACAGCAUUCAAAGCUUUUGACCUUCACCCUCCGUAUGCUGUUGAGGAGCAAAAAGACCCUGACCCUGAAUUCCCCACGGUCAAAUAUCCCAACCCUGAGGAGGGAGAGGGAGUCCUGACUUUGUCAUUUGCCCUGGCAGAGAGAGAGGGUGCCUCUGUGGUGCUGGCUAAUGACCCUGAUGCUGAUCGACUGGCCAUUGCUGAGAAGCAGAAGAGCGGACAGUGGCGAGUCUUCAGUGGUAAUGAGUUGGGAGCGCUGCUCGGCUGGUGGAUGUUCCACUGCUGGAAACAAGAAAACCCUGACGCUGCUGCUGUCAAAAAUCUCUAUAUGCUGUCCAGCACUGUCUCAUCCAAAAUACUGCGAGCCAUUGCUCUCAAGGAGGGCUUCCACUUUGAGGAAACGCUCACAGGGUUCAAGUGGAUGGGGAACAGAGCCAGGGACCUGAUGAACCAGGGGAAGACUGUUCUGUUUGCCUUUGAGGAGGCUAUAGGAUAUAUGUGCAGUCCCUCUGUACUGGACAAGGAUGGGGUGAGUGCUGCAGCCAUAGCAGCAGAAAUGACUUCCUAUCUGGCCACUAAAAAGACAAGCCUCUCUCAACAGCUGACUGCCAUCUAUGAAGAGUACGGCUACCACAUCACUAAGAAUUCCUACUUCAUCUGCCACGACCAGGAUGUGAUCCGCAAACUGUUCGACCGCCUCCGUAACUAUGGUGACCAGAAGGGCUCCUACCCCACCAAAUGUGGUGACUUUUCUGUCAGUGCUGUACGAGACCUGACCACCGGCUAUGACAGCAACCAGCCUGACAACAAGGCUGUUCUUCCCACAUCUGCCUCCAGUCAGAUGAUCACCUUUUCUUUCUCCAACGGGGGCGUGGCUACCAUGAGGACCAGCGGCACUGAGCCAAAGAUCAAAUACUACACUGAGCUCUGUGCUGCCCCUGGCAACAGUGAUGUGGCACAGCUGAACAAGGAAUUGGAUGCCUUGGUUGAUGCCAUCAUUGAAACUUUCUUUGAGCCACAGAAGAAUAAACUGCAACCCAAGCUGGAGUAACACUGAUAUUCAUAAUCACAUUAACAAAUGCGCACACACAGAACCAGUAUGACCGUCUGUCUGUGAUAUCUCACACAAUGUCUUAACUACUGAAGAACGUUUUCAUUUAAUACAGGCUUCAGUCAUUUGAAUACUUACUUUUUACUUUUAUUUUCCCUACAGUGAUAAUCACACAAGCCAGCUGAACCAGUUAAAGAUGUGGAUAUUGUUACCUACAAUACUCGCUUGAUAAUUGUGGUUUCUGAACACCUCUAACCUGUGUUUUGAAUUUGCCCAUCCAUCUGUCUGAUUUUGGGGCCAGUGUACCUCAAACACUCACAAAGCAUCACAGUCACAAAGUUUGGAUUCAGUGUAGUGCUCUGCUGGAGAUCAUGAGAGCUGUGAAAUGUAAACCACACUGCAAUUUAGGUACCUCAUUGACAAAUAGAGACGUUGCAUAUUGUCAUUUGUAUGUACCGAUUAUGCAUUCCACACUGCCUCAGCAGCUACUGCAAGGCCACACAGUCACAGAAGAGUGUAAAUGAUUUACUGCUAUGAUAAAAUUAUAAUUAAAAAACAAUACUGUAAAACAGAGGGUUGUGGUGUAGGCUGAAAUUAAAGUUUGGAUACUAUCUCAGUUAAAACCAAAAUACAGAGCGAACAGCGAGGUUGCACUGUGAUUUUGAUGUGUCUUACAGUCAUUCCGAGUUUAAAAGGGCUGUGUCAUUGCAGAUUUGUGGUUUGUGAAACGACUUGAGCUUAAAGCUUGCAGCACCACCAAGCGGAGAAUCCUUGUUACACCAUGUUAUGAACGAAUUUGUCAAAUGCAUCCCUUGAUGGCUUGACUGAAUUGUUAAAACUCAAAGGGACUCCUGACGCUGAUGUUCAGUGCGCUGCAUUUUUUGAGGAUACUGUUAUGAAAGUAGUUGUUUCCUUCAAUAAAAACGGUUUUAAACAGUG